CUACGAUCUAGCUAUAUCAGACCUAGCAUAAUCUUCCCAGUUGCCAAUUGCACUGCUGAGUUUUGAUCUGGUUGGAACAGCUGAACUGUCGACUAAAUCAUGGCCGCACCAUUGGGUCCAUUCGGCCCUCCAUUCGGCCCUCCAAUCGGCCCUCCAUUCGGCCCUCCAAUCGGCCCUCCAUUCGGCCCUCCAAUUGGCCCUGCUCCAAUCGGCCCAAUCGGCCCAAUCGGCCCUUUACCUUCAAUUUUUUGGCCUUUGGUCGCGAUAGGUACCUUCGGUCUAUUUGCAUUAUCAUUAACUGAUAUCAAUGAAGGUCCAAGAGGACCUAGCGGCGCCACCGGCGCCACCGGCGCCACCGGCAUCAGCGUCAUCGGAGCUACAGGAGCCACCGGAGCUACAGGUGCCACCGGAGCAACAGGUGCCACAGGGGCUACAGGGGCUACAGGUGCUACAGGGGCUACAGGGGCCACCGGAGCUACAGGGGCCACCGGGGCUACAGGGGCUACAGGGGCCACCGGAGCUACAGGGCCCAUCGGGACUGCAGGGGCUACAGGGGCCACCGGAGCUACAGGGGCCACCGGGGCUACAGGGGCUACAGGGGCCACCGGAGCUACAGGGUCCACCGGACCUGUCGCCAGCAGUUAAGAUACGCCUGGAAAUUUGGACACUGAUGCCAUUCGAGCUGAAUAAUGCUCAACAUAAUUGUUUACAAGGUGCUUAUCCCUUCAGUCAGAAACUGUGUGGCAGCAUUUCAAUAGUGGUAGCUUAUUGUGUUUUUUAGCGGUUUAUCAACCCUUCCCAAAAUCAAACUUUCUGAAACUGCCAUAAUAAAAACGAAUACAAUCUG